AUGGCGCCAAUUCCUUCUUCGCAUCUUUCAUCCUCGUCUCAGCUAAUCCAGCUUCCACGCGAGAUCCGUGACCUCAUAUACGAAUACGCACUCCUGGGCAAUAAGCAUACCAUAGCUCUCGAGAGUGCCAUCAUCAAUACAUCGCAGUCUGCUCACAUUCAGAAUCUGGGGUUCUACAAGCGCCUCGAGGAAAAGUUCCACUGUCUUCACACGCGAACCCAUCGGCGAAUCUGGUCGGUACCCACCUUCGAUCUCAAUGUCGCAUUUGGGACACAAGAUAUAUACAACAUCCCAAAAUAUGUGUCCAUGACAUAUAACCUUAACCGUAGAUGUCACUCAUUGGGCCGUCCCAAUGUCAGCCUGCUGCGGACGAAUAAACAAAUUCAUGCUGAAGCUUCUGAGCUGAUGUAUGGGCGGGCCACGUUUAGCUUCAAUGCGGAUUUUGCCCUCGCAGCUGCUUUCGCUUUUCUUUCUGAUAGAGCUCCAGCCACGCUCCUUAAAAUAAACCGGUUAGAGCUCGGCUUGUCAGAGGACAGUAACAUGUGCGGCACCGGUACGGCUCACUAUCCAGUGAUGCUCAGAGCGACAGACUCCUCGGUACUACAGUACGCAUAUAACCACUACACCGACCUCUGUACAUUACUCUCCAGCUCACGCAUGUCUCUGCGCCAUAUCACCCUGAGAAUUAACAGCAAUUUGAGCCCUUGGCGGCAGAUAAAUACCCCACAGACUGCGGAGGAGUGGCUGUUGUGGGAGGAACGAGAAGCAAAGUCCUUGCGGCCUGCUCGACCUCUCUGGAUUGAGCCCUUACUGCAGAUAAAGAACCUCGACUCAAUCGACAUCUACUGGGGUUCUAACAGCUUGUGGGCACACAGGAUAGCUGAUGCGAUCUCCGUGUUACGACAGCACAUGCUCAAGAAACAUAUGAGGAUUCAACACAGCGGACUUGGAACAGCGGAAACGCCUCUUACAUUUCGAUUGCUUGACCGUCAGGAUUUCUCUGGUACGCUCGAUAAGGCCAGUUCUCUGAUCGACUACACUCUACAUGAGAAUGGAACGUGGCUUGUGUCCAAGUGCCCUGAUGAACACUGGGCCAGAGAAACAUUUGAUGCGCAAGACUUGAAUGGUUCUCGAACACGGUGCAACGUAAUCAAUGUGAUUCUCUCUCCUCAGGGACGUGAACUCAGGGCGUCUCAAUUUCACUUGGACAUGGGCGACAAAUCUCGCAACCAGCCAACUCGAUUACUCGAUGGUGUCGAGUCAGCCAUUUUGACUGACGAUCUUCGCGGGCCGGUCAGGUUACACAUGCCAGUCAACCAGGUUGCAGGAAGCCACAUUUUGACUUUGCUGGUUUCGUAUAGUCAGCGUUGUCAAAAGCGGUAUCGCGGCCAAUUUCAAAGGCUCGGCGUUACAUCUUUACUUUUCAACGACAUGGUAGGCACCACCGAAAUCCUCGCGCUCGCGACACACAAAACAAUUGUAGCAGGACUUGCGCUAGCAACCCACUCAGUCCUUUACCAGGGAGAAUGGGACAACGAGUUCCAUUUCGUACUCGGUAUUUGGAUGCUCGCGUUGGGUGGCCUGGCAGCGGCAGAGUACAUGUACAACCCACACAUAAGCACCAUAGGUGCUGCCCUUCAGAUCACAGGAGUCACAGCUGCUGUGUACAUGGGUGUGUUGAUCACGGCUAUCUUGAUAUACCGAAUAUUCUUCCAUCGGUUGCGACAUAUUCCAGGCCCAUUCCUCGCACGUUUUUCGAAGCUUUAUGGCAUUUUUUGUGGAGUGCUUCCGCAUUACCAAUACUACAAAUGGGCCGAAAAGCUUCACGAGCAGUACAAGACUGAUGUUAUCCGAACUGGGCCACGGGAGGUGACGGUAUAUACCGCUGAUGCCAUCAAAUUGGUUCAUGGCCCGAACACACGAUGCAGAAAAGGGCCCUGGUAUGCAGCCGCAAAACAUGUUGGUGGUGCAUCAGUGCAUACAACAAGAGACAAAGAAGAGCACAAGCAGCGCCGCAAGGACUGGGACUUUGCCUUCAACGCAAAAGCUCUGCGCGACUAUGAGCCCAGACUCGACCGGCACGCACUGGCACUCAUGACAAGACUACAAGAGCAGGCGUCGCAGCCUAUUGUACGAUUGACCAAUUGGGUCAAUUUCUACAGCUUCGAUGUCAUGGGCGAUGUUAGUUUUAGUCGCAGCUUUGGUAUGAUGGAGAAGGGAGAGGAGGCUGACGUGAUUAAGCUUCUGCAUGCAAGCAUGGAACCUUUGAGUAUCUUUGGGCAUAUCACAUGGGGACUGAACCUAAUUACGCGGACGCCUUUUGGGGUGAAAGCUUUGUUAGAGCACAUUGAAUGGACGGCAAUGGUUCUUAAGGAGCGCAAGAAGGUCGUUCCUAAAGAGAGAGACAUUUUCUCUUGGCUUCUUGACGAGGAAGAUCCCAACGUCACACCAGAGCUCAACUCAGACGCGAGGUUAUUGGUCGUAGCAGGCAGCGACACCACCGCCGCAACACUAUCAUGGAUUGCAUACGAGCUCUGCAAAAACCCCAAGGUUCAGUCGAGACUGCUCAGAGACAUCAACUCCACAGUCUCAAAGAAAGGUUUCCUCGGUGUCGACGACGUAGCAAACAUCCCCUACCUAGACGGCGUCAUCAACGAAGCCAUGCGUCUCCAUCCUGCCGUACCCUCGGGCGUCCAACGCGAAACUCCACCCGAAGGCAUCACCCUCCCCAACGGCACCUACAUCCCCGGUUCAACCAUCGUCUGGAUGCCCAUCCACACUAUCCAGCGCGACCCACGCUACUUCCGCUCCCCACUGACCUUCCUCCCCGAGCGCUGGACCGACGAGCAACCGGAUGCGAUUAUCGACAAGCGUGCAUUCAUGCCCUUUGGCUUCGGUGCGUAUAGCUGUGUAGGCCAAAGACUGGCCAUGAUGGAACUGCGCAGCGUGACGGCAAACUUGGUGCGGCAGUUUGAGCUGAGCUUUGCAGAGGGUGAGGAUGGGAGCGCCAUGGAGAUGGAGAGUAGGGAUUGCUUCACGCUUAAUGUGGGGAAGCUGGAUGUCAGAUUGCUGGCUAGAGAUGGGGACAAGGCAUAA